UGUGGAGAGUGAGUGGAGGUUGUCUAGAUUUACUCGAGCCUGCUCUACAUACCCGCUAGUAGCGGUGUAAUUCCAGCUAAUGCGGAUAAUGCCCAGGACGCAUUGCGCACGGCGCGCGCAGCCUGCGACGCACAGCUCUCCUUUGAUUUGAGGGAGCUCUUGUACCGACAGAGAGGGCACGGCCGGUGAGAUUAUGUGAUCAGAGUCAGUGAUUAUCUCUGCAUGUAAGAUGUAGUUUCACAUUUUUAUAUAAACUGUAUGAUAUGGAAAAUCUUCGUAAAUAUUAAAUUCCCGCAGUUUCUUUAACACCCAAUGAGACACCUGUUGGAUUUAUCCGGCGCAGAGGAGCGCAGCAGAUGAUGACAGUCGGAGGGGAAUUUCAGCUGAUCACAACAAGGAGGGGAGUCUGAGGUCCGCGUUUUGAAAUGGAUUCAUACGGAGCGUCACUCAACCGCAGCCAAUCGCUGACGAGCGGCCUGGAGAAGUCUACACCGACGUGGAAGCCAUCCCCCUCUCGGAGCAGCAGCACUGUGUCAUCCCGCCACUCCAGACAGAUUAUCAAAGACUGGGAAGUGAUUGACGACCUUCAGGUAGAAAUGAACGCAGGAGGCGAUAACCCUCACGACAUGACCCCCCCGGGUAUCUGUGAAGGAUAUCUCCUCAAGAGGAGGAAGUGGCCACUCAAAGGUUGGCACAAGCGGUACUUUGUCUUGGAAGCAGGGAACUUGCGUUACUCCAAAAAUCAACAAGAUGUCUCCAGGGGAAGAUUCCAGGGCUCCUUAGAUGUCAGCCACGCAGUAAUGUCGAUAAACAAGAAGUCAAAUCAGAUUGACUUGGAUGCAGGAGACAUCCUCUAUCACAUGAAGGCAAAUAGCCAUGAAGUCUUCUACAUUUGGGCAACCAAGCUACAAGCCCACCGCCUGUACAAGAAGCAUGAGGCGGCUCAUUGUCCCAGCAGCUUCCUCCAGACUUUGUCCCCUGGCAUUGCAGCCGGACAAGCUCAGAAAAAUGGAGAUUUGAGAUCUGCAGGCAUGGUGGAUUCAGCCGGAGCACCAGCAGGAGUGCUGCCCUCAGAUAACAAUGCUGUGAACAGAAAAGUGUCGGCCUGGCUGCAGCAAAGUCACAACCCAGACUCCUGUGUUCAAGAGCUGAACCGUUGUCAUUUGGACCUUACUGAGCUAAACCGCUUAAUCCAGAAGCUGCAGAUGUUGGAGGGGGGCCAGGCUUUCACCAACGGAGACCUGAAGCGCAUCAUUAGCACGCAGAAUAUCUCUCUUGAGAAGCCGAAGAAGCCGAGGUCAGGGAAGAUGUGGAGCCACUCUCGCACAUUAUCCCUGGGAAUGGUAAGAAAGCCUAUUCGUGGGAUUACUAAAUCGCUGUCCUCCAGUCACCUGGGCAGCUCUCCUCACCUCGGUGCAUCAGUCCCCUCUAUCCCUGACUACGUCUACUCACAGCUGUCCCCUCCUAGUGCCACAUCACCGGAGGGCAAGAAAAUCCAACAGGACAUCUGCACCAUAUCGCUACGAGUGCUUGCUUCGCUGAAGACCGUGCAUGAAACCCUGUCCCAGGAGAGGCAGAAGCUGCAGGAAGUCUUGGAAUCUAACAACAUCCAUCAGUCUAAAACCACUGAGCCUGCUGCAGCGAGGGAUUCCUCCCAUGGGCCUCCUUCAGUAGCCGAUUCAGCUGCAGAGUAUUUUGACGCCAGCGACAUCUUUUGUGGUAGUUCCUCUGAGGUGUCUGAUGAGUCUGGACUUAGUGAUGGAAGCACCACCAACUCUGAGCCAGAGGAAGGACAUGCGUUGGCCACCCGGAAGUACCGUGCUAGCAUUUCCAAGACUCCUAACAGCUUUGUUCCCAAGAGCACUGGGCGGCGAACGACGCUGCCUGCUCACUGUCCUGACAACAGCCACGUGGGCCUCAUGGCUAUUCUCUACAACAACAUAGGUAAAGACUUGGCUCGAGUGUCCAUGCCUGCUGCUCUCAAUGAGCCCGUUAACCUGCUGCAGAGGCUGUGUGAAGAGCUGGAGUACAGUGAGCUGUUGGAUAUCGCUAGCAACACAUCGGACCCCUACCAGAGGAUGGUUUACAUUGCUGCCUUCGCUAUCUCUAGUUACUCCCCUGUAACAUUCAGAAACCGCUACAAGCCCUUUAACCCGGUGCUGGGGGAGACCUACGAGUGCAUCAGAGAGGACAAGGGCUUCCGCCUCAUCAGUGAGCAGGUCUGCCAUCAUCCCCCCAUCUCUGCCUGUCAUGCUCAGUCAGAGAACUUCACCUUUUGGCAAGACCAGCGAUGGAAAAAUAAAUUCUGGGGGAAGUCACUGGAGAUUCUGCCAACAGGAAUGGUGAAUGUCACUCUUCCAAGGUAUGGUGACCACUAUGAGUGGAACAAAGUAGUGACCUGUAUCCACAACGUCUUCAGUCAGCAGCGUUAUCUCGAGCAUUACGGAGAGGUCACCAUCCGUAACCUCAACAGCAACGUCUGCACCUGCAAGAUCACCUUUGUCAAGUCCCGUUAUUGGGGCUCAGACACAAACAGGAAUGAAGUGCAGGGCACGGUCCUGGACCAAAGUGGGAGUGUCAUUCACCGGUUCGGAGGUCUGUGGCACGAAGGCAUCUACUGUGACACCCUGCCCACUCCGAAAUGUGUCUGGAAGCCAAAUCCCCAGCCAAAGGAUCACAUGCUGUACUAUGGCUUCUCCACCUUCGCCAUGGAGCUAAAUGAACUCCCCCCCGACCUGAAGCCUCUCCUUCCUCCAACAGACAGUCGUCUGCGCCCAGACCAAAGGUUGCUGGAGGAUGGAAAGGUGGAUGAAGCAGACAUAAAGAAAGAUCAGAUAGAGGAGUUUCAUAGGGAGCGGAGAAAAGAGCUUUCCAAAUUGGGGGAAGAACAUGUUCCACGUUUUUUCAAAAAAGCCAAAGAUUCCUGUGGACGGGACGUGUGGUUGACAAACGGGACGUACUGGAAGCUCAGAGAGAAUCCAGGUUUUGCUAAUAUUGAAAAUAUAACUGUCUGGUGAUGAGACGACGGCGACGAGCGACGCCAGACAA